AUGAGCACCGACAUUUCAAGUUCUCUCUUUUGCUUUCACUCUCUCUUCUCUUUCCCUUUUGUAACACAUCUUUCUUUGUGUCUCUCUCUCUCUAUCCCCCCCACUAAUCUUCACCAUCUAUCUCUCUUUCUCUCACGCUUUUACUUUUAUAGACCUCGUUCUUUCUUUCUUUCUUUCUUUCUUUCUUUCUUUCUUUCUUUCUUUCUUUCUUUCCUCUGUCUGUCUCUAUCUACCACAAUCUUUCUCUUUUUCUUUCUAAAAGAACGAUAUAGAGAUACAUACUUAUAUUUCUCAUUCUUUCUCUCUCCCCCUCUCUCAUUUGCAAUCUCUUAUUCCCUUCAACUAAGGCUUUAUUGUUCUUACGAUCAACUGCUAUUGACCAUGAACAAAUCUAUCCAUCUCGGCCCCCAACCAUCAGGCCGGGCACAGAUACCGGGCCGCGGACCAUUUAGUACCGGGCCGCGGAUCAUUUGGUACCGGGCCGCGGACCAUUUGAUACCGGGUCGUGCACCAUUUGAUACCGGGCCGCGGAUCAUUUGGUACCGGGCCGCGGACCAUUUGGUACCGGGCCGCGGAUCAUUUAAUUACCGGGCCGCGGACCAUUUGGUACCGGGCCGCGGAUCAUUUGGUACCGGGCCGCGGACCAUUUGGUACCGAGCCGCGGAUCAUUUGGUACCGGGCCGCGGAUCAUUUGGUACCGGGCCGCGGACCAUUUGA